GCUUGAAACAUGAAGUUUAUCGUGGGAUUUUUCAUCACCAUUAUGGUGUUAAUUUAUUCGAGAACUAACCAGGCCUGCAUCGUCUUACCGUCGCAACCUUUCCCUGGACCACCGCCUGAUCCUGACAGUACACCAACUGCAUCACAUGAAACAACAUCACUAGAAGGAACACAGCCACCAACAAGAAGAGGAACACGAAGACCAACACCAAUAACAACACGACUACCUCCUCAAGAAACACCUCCUCCUCCUACUUGUUCGGACAUUCCUCCAGCCGAUUCUAAAGAUGAUUCGGCUCCCCUUUUCGGAACCAUUGUGUUCGACGAGAUCUGUAAUUACAUCGUUGUACUUCACGAUGGUGUGGACCCUGAAGAAAUGAAGUUAUAAUUAGCAAUUUGACGUCAUCAAAUGGCACCGCAUCAUCAUCAAUGAGGGCGUUGAACUCAUCUUAUGGCAUCAAAGCAGUUAUUUCCGAAUUUGACUACGAACAGCUAACCAUGGUUCGGAAACUGGAAGGUGUGAGGUACGUGGAAAAAGACGGACAAGUAAACCUGACAGCGAACACGCUUGUAUGGGGCCUAGAUCGUAUAGAUCAGAGAAGACGUCCUUACGAUUAUAUGUAUUCUCCGAAUGGGAACGGGGCCGGUUCCACUGUGUACGUGCUUGAUACGGGAGUAAAGACAGAUCACGUGAAUUUUGGAGGUAGAGCAGAGAACUGGCACGAAGUUGUAAAGGUGCCCGGUGAGCCCGAAGAUUGCAAUGGGCACGGUACACACGUUGCCGGUACGGUUGGUGCUAUGACGUAUGGUGUUGCCACGGGAGUUAAAAUACGCAGUGUUCGAGUAUUCGGAUGCGGUAUCACAACUACCAUUGCAGCCGUAGUGGAAGGAAUUAAUUUUGUGCGGGAUCGUGGAGAUAAAACUCGUGCCGUGGUUUCGAUGUCUCUCGGUGCACCCAAAAGUGUCGUCAUUGACGAAGCCACAACCAAUCUGAUAAAUGCUGGGUUCAUUGUAGUCGUCUCCGCAGGAAACGAAGAUAUAGAUGUUUGCGAACGAUCGCCAGCAAGAGUACCUAAGGCUAUUACAGUGGGAGCAACAGACAUAUUGGAUAACAGAUGGUCAUUUUCUAACUUUGGAGACGGCCUAAAUAUUUUUGCUCCGGGUGUAGAAGUUGAAUCACUUAGUUACACUUCAUCUACUGGCACAAGGUAUUUAAGCGGUACAUCAAUGGCAGCGCCACAUGUCUCAGGAGUGGCUGCUAUAUUACUUUCACAGGGUACUCCGGCAAACAAAGUCGCUCAGAAGAUCUAUGACACCUCCACUAAAAAUGUUGUUGGUGAUCCUAAAGGAUCCAAUAAUCGCCUACUAUACGUCGAUUAAUCACGUUACCGUAUUAAACCAAUCAGAAAAUUAAUAUUUAUAAUAAUAAAAAAAAAGCGACCAUGGACAGCAUGUGAACCAAAACGCGAUUAAGUGUAUAUUGGGUCAUGUAAAAAUGUGUUGAUUUUCCUUUUUUUUUCAAACAGAGGUUUUCAGACUUAAAAACAAAAUGUUCAUCUAUCAGACAAAAACUGCAUCGUACUUCAACAAGUCAAUAAAUGAUGCAACAAAAUCUUUCUAAGCUCUUCUAAAAACUUCACUACCCUAGCUUUCUAAGCUCUCCAAAUAGAGGAUAUAGUUGAAAUAAGUGUGAAUCAGAUAUUUGUGCGUUUUUCUGAGAGAGAGGACACACUUUUUAUAUGACCUUAUAAUACCUGUAUAAAUAUUUUGGAAAUGUAUUAAAAAUUACUUAUAAAUAGUAAUUAUAAUAGUGUAUGUGCAAAAAACGCAAGUAUUGAAAAAUUAAAAAGAGUAAGUUAUCCUCACAAGAAAGAAAACUAUGACUUAAUUUUAAUAUAAGUGCAAGUAGAAUUUGGUAUUGUACUAUUAUAGUGUAUUGAUGAAUAAAAGUGACGACGUAGGCCUACCACAAAAGGGAAAAAUAAUGUAUUUGAAUUGCUAAUUUGAAUCUCUAGAUGCACCUUAGGGGUAUGGCGUCUUUUUCAGAAGGGAAUGAUAAUUGAAAGAAACCAUCACCGAAAAUUUUUUUUUUUCGCAUUCACGUGAAGUGCUCCAAAAUGGUAUUGAAUUGUGGCGUCGGGUGGCCGAGUGGUAAGGCCAAAGAGGCACAGAGGAGCCACUCCUCGUCCAGGGGUUCGUGGUUAAGCCAAGUCUCCUUGGAUAAAGAUUUGAAACCGGUGGUCGAAUGUGCACAUCUGGCUCGUGUGAACUUUAAAGAACCCAUUGCAUCCCUCGGAAGAGUAGGGGGCUACAUUUCAUUCAGCUCCUGUCGUGUGGAACAAUGUGAUAAUUAAGCUACUGAGCACCUCCCAGUGCCGCAAUACUACUCUAUGUAUACUGGUACGGUACCAUAUUCAUGGGUGAACCUAGACGACAAAUCUUCCCCAGACUUGUUUCUCUCAUUAGACCAACGUACUCUACCGUUCAUGGUCACAGGGCACAUGCACUGUAAAAUGCUUCUGGUUUUUAGUUGCAUCAACCCAUUAAAUAAUCUCCAGGGUGACUGAGAUUUGUAACUAAUUGUUAUGGUGUUUAAUAUUCGUUUAGACAAAAGCUUAACUUGGAUUUGGUACUAUGGUUUUCUUUUAGUUUCAAUUUAUUAAGUUCAUUACUUGGAUUACAUGCAUGUAUGCACUGCCAAAGCUAUCGUACACUUUUAUUGUUGGUGGAUAAGAAAAUUGUUGGUUCCAAAAUAUUUAAAUUCGUUGUAAUAAAAUUUGUAAUCAUUGCUGACUGUUACGAA